AUGGCACACAAAAUUGGCCUAGGAAUGCGGACAGUACGCAGGGCUCUCAUGCUAGAAGAUGGAAGCUACGACUCUAUUCGUAUCAUAAUCAACACACGGGAUGCAGAGGAGCGUGAUCGUCUCACCGAGAGAUGGCAGACGCACAAAUUGGAAGAGCUCAAUUUUGUUGGUAUCGUUGGUGCCCUCCUCGCAAGCUGCUUGACAUCUACGGGUGACUGGCCGAAUGUGCUCGGAAAUGGUCGAACGCAGCCCUGGACGGUAAAGACGUGCUGGUUCGCAGGAAUACUAUUCGCACUUUUUACAGUGCUCAUUGUAGCUCAGCAGUCCAUGAGUCUGCAUCGACUUUGUGCCCAUCGGGAUGGUCUACAGCGUUUUCGUGAUUGUAUGACGCAUCCCAACCUUGACAAGGAUGGUGCAUAUCGUCCUCGAAGACUACGCGUACAAGUUUGGCAGAUUGGUCCAUUGUUCUUAGCUGCAAGCGUUUUCUGUAUGAUAGGUGGGAUGGGCAUCAUGCUUUGGGUGGGUACUCGCGUUGGCCCUUAUAAGAGUUCGACUGAGCCUUGGUGGGAUUCGAAUGCAAAGAUGGCUACAACUUGGACGAUCAUGCUCGCAGUUGCUAUUUCGGGUUUUCUCGUCUCGCAGCGAGGACUCAUAGAGCACUGA